AUGCGUUUAUCGUAUUGUGCUUCAACUAUAUUUCUCUACUUUUUUUUAAUAAAAUCUUCCAUUUGUUUUUUGGCAUACGGCAAUUGUGACAACACGUUAUCGAUUUCUAAUGGAAAUUGUGAUGAAUUGGAGAAGGCUAAGACUGACUCUGAACUGAUUUCUGCGGACAAUGCAUUUAAGAAUAAUGUGGGAAUUUCUGAAACACGUGUUACUAUGUCUCGUUAUCAUCUAGGUACAGAAAAUAGCAGAAUUUAUAAGGAACGAAGUUCUCGCAGGUCAGAACGCAAAGCACGGUAUUAUUCGACUCAGGCCCACACCGGUCGCGACCAACGUGCUAUUAACUCUGUCAGAAUCAUUCCCGAUAUAAAAGCGCGUUAUGAAGAAAGUUUAUUUAAACGUUCUUUACGCACGGGGCCAGGCCAACAUUCAGACCAAGAUUUUUUAUCAAGGCGCAGAAUGGAAGUAAUGAGUAAUGAAAGGCGAAUGUUAGAUGCUAGACGAAACCAGCAAUUAACCAGACGCCAAGCCAAUGAGAUUAAGAACGAACGCCUGGAACAAACUGAAAAUAAUUUAGCACGGCAGAGAAGAGAUGCUCAACGUUUAUCAUAUCCUGCAGAAGGCUCUGGUAGCCUUAACGGCAACGAAAGAAAUGCGAAGACUCAUAACAGCAUGGCUUUAAAUUUGUCUGAUAGAAAAGAUAGUGAGUCAAAUCGUUUAGUUCGGAACGAAAUGAGAGACGCACGUAUCGCAAAUAUUAGGCGAGCAGAUACUCUACGCGAAGAAGAUAUUUCUUUACAAUCUUUCUUUAGAAGAUCCAUAUCCGCAGCGCGUUCUUCGAUCGAAAGGGAGGAUGUAGGCGAAAGACGAUUGCAGAGCACAAAUCGCAGUUUAAUCUCUGUUAAGGACUAUAGACUUCGAAGAAUGGAAAAUGAACGCGGUACAGUCACUCGACGAGCAAGAAUAAUUGACAAUGUCAGAAAGACGCGCAUAGACCAUCAAUCCUCUGAACGUAGUAAAGACAUUCGCCAAAAUAGACAAAUCGCAACUAGAAGAACCGAAACGCAAUUAGAAUUGACAGUCCCUAAUAAUCGUAUCUUUAAUGACAACCGCCAAUUUAAUGAACGUCGUGUGAUUAAUAAUAAUAAUAGGUUAGAAUUGUUAGAAACGAGAAUUCAUGAACGACAGCUAACGGAAAGGCAAAGAAUCGCUGCUAGACGAAAUAAUGCCGCAGCCACAGUUUAUGAUCAGAGAAGUGGCGAAAAUAGACGUUAUUUAAAGGAUGGCAAAACUACAGAAUCUCAUAAAAUUGAAAAUUUCAAUGAGGAAAGCUUAGUCCAAACAGAUAUGUCGCGACGUAAUUCUAUUAGGGGGUAUAAUACUGCAAUGAAUGUUCCGGAACGUAUGUCUAUACAAAAUCGACGCAAUUCUCGUUUGAACGACCAAGAAAACUUGACGUCGCGGCGUCGAAUGCCCGAUACAACCGGUGCAAAUUAUCGCAAAGUCAUCAAAUCUGAACAACAAUAUUUGAAUCGGCAUCGAUUAGUGAAUCCAGUAGGAGAGAGAUUCGAACGACAAAAAGAAGAGCGACGAAGGAGUGAACGCGGAAUAGUAAACGUAAGAAAUGUUUGGGAUUAUAAUGGGAGCCACCAAUUGGAAACGCGUAUGCUCUCUUCUGAACGUCGUUUGAAUGAAAGAAAAGUUACUAAUAAACCUCGUGUAGUUUCAAGUGAACGUACAUUUGAUGAACGUAGAAUUUCUAACGAUCUUCCAGUAAAUGAAAGAAUAAUAUAUGAAAGACGAAGCAUAAAUGAUCGUAUAGAUGCUCGUAUGAUCUCCAGAGAACGAAAUUUAGACGUGAGCAGAUCUAUGGACAAACGUCGUAUUGACACAUUGUCCAAUAAUCGCCGCGAGAGGAGCGAGGCACGUAUCGAAACGCAAACCGCUUCUAAUGAUCGUCGCUUGGAUGAAAAUAUGCUUUUCAGGGAACGCCGCAUGGCAUUGAGCGAACGUAGCUUUGAUGAACGUAGAGCAACCAAGGAAAGACAAAUUAAUGAACAUAUGCUUCCAUUGACCUUAGGCAAAAAACGUGAAAAUAAACACUGGUCCGCCAGUGAGCUACGCAGAGAGGAACGUAAGACUUUUGAUCAACGUCGAGUUGCUGAAAAAGAGGUAUUUGAUGAAGACCGUUCCUCUAUUAGUCGAAAUACGGACAAGCGUGACACAAAUACUGUACGAGGAAUAAAUACAAGGAAAAUACCUUUGGAUGCUUCUAAUGAAUAUCGUAUGAAUAGACGUAAAUCGACCACCGAGCGCAACGUGGUUGUAAGUGAACAACGUCGCCGAUCUUCUAACGAACGUCUCGAUGAACGUGGAUUCGUAAAGGAGAGCCGCAAGAAUGAACGAAGUUCUUUCAACGAACGUCGAACAAACGACCGUCAACCGACUACACGUCUAAUUGACGCCAGGAAAAUUCAAAAUAAUCAAGAACGUCGCUCUGAUCGGCGCUGCAAAUACUUCUGA